AUGGAUUCACAUUUACGAUUCUUCAUCCUACUCGUGCCGAUUUUCGUUACAAUUCUUAAAACUGACGCCUUUAACAACGACAGGGUUUUCCUCGUCUCUCCAAGACAAAGAGACAGUUCAAGAAAUAAUACUUGCAUGAUCCCGGCCGAGAAAAGUAACGUAACGUGCUGUGUGUGCCCCGAUAACUGUGAACUGACAUAUCCUAGAAAGCCGACGAAAAUCUAUUCAAUGGGCAUCAAAGUUUUCCGGUUUUAUUUCUCUAUGAAAGGAUCAGUCAACAGAAACAUCUUGAACAUUCAUUUGUAUAUAUGCGUACGAAACUCCACCAGUGACAUUAUCUCUCAGGAAUGCCUUCAAAAGAACCCUCUUCGUCUUACCUUUUCUAAUCCUUUUAUAUUUUUUCAUAUCUUUUUUCUCUUUUUCCUCUUUUUUACUCUCUUGACUUUUCCUCUACCUUUUUUCUCUUGUCUUUUCUCCUCCUCCUCCUUCAUUGCUUUUCCUUUCCUCCUCCUUUUUCCUAUCUUGUCUUUUCCUUCUCUUUUUCUUUUGUGUCUUUUGUUCCUCCUUUGUUUCUUUUUUUUUCUCUCUUGA